CCACACCAUCACCCAUGGACAAUGUCUCACUUCAGUCUCUACCAGCCAGUGACGGCGGUGAGGUCUCUUGUUUACCACUGUCAGCGGUGAAGUCUUUUCUGAUUAGUGUCAGCGCUGUCUCUUCCGUGGUCACAGUGAGCUCUCUCCUCAACGAUGUUAGCACUCCAGUAUCGUCCAAGCAGAGCUUCAGCGAAGUCAGCAGCCAUGACGACUUCCGACACGAAGAAAAAUAAUUCGGCGACAAUGACUCAGAAGGCCUCAGCGACAACCAAAACACAGGCGCCUCCAUCGACGACCACAACCCUGAAGUCUCCAUCGACGACCACAACUCUGAAGUCUCCAACGACGACCACGACACAGAAAUCCUCAGCCACGACAAAGACACAGAAAUCCUCAUCCACACCACAGAAAGCUUCAUCCACGACCACGCCACAGAAAGCUUCAUCCACGACCACGCCACAGAAAUCCUCAUCCACGACCACGCCACAGAAUUCCUCAUCCACGACCACGACACAGAAAUCCUCAGCCACGACAAAGACAAAGAAAUCCUCAUCCACACCACAGAAAGCUUCAUCCACGACCACGCCACAGAAAUCCUCAUCCACGAUCACGCCACAGAAUUCCUCAUCCACGACCACCCCACAGAAAUCUUCAUCCACAACCACGUCACAGAAGUCCUCAUCCACGACAACGACACAGAGGUCCUCAUCCACGACCACGUCACAGAAAACUUCAUCCACGAUCACAUCACAGAGGUCCUCAUCCACAACCACGUCACAGAAGUCCUCAUCCACGACCACGACACAUAACUCUUCUUCCACGACCACGUCACAGAACUCUUCAUCCACGACCACGCCACAGACGUCCUCAUCCACGACCGCACCACAGAAAUCCACAUCCACGACACAAAAGCCCCAAGGAGGAACGACAAAACGGAAAGCCAGAGCAGCGAAAAUGAAGGCUCAAUCGAUCUCCAGAAAACGGCAAGCCACGGUAACGACAACGACACGGAGGGCUUAUUCGACAAUGACACGGAACCCACCCCUGAGAACUACGACAUACAGAGCCCCAGCCACGACUGCCGCACAUAAGCUCCCGACAGCGAGACCCGAGUUACAGUAUUCCACAAAAACGGGCAAGAGAAAAAGAGCUUCAAAGAAGACUCGAGCUGUGUGGAGGAGGCUGCUGAUAGUGGGCGAGGAAGAGAAUGCAAGAAUGAGCUUACUGUACGCCAUGACCAACUACGACACCACCGACUGCUCCGGCGUCUGCAACAACUCUUAUGCACAUGACGACGACGACGACAGUUUCUAUGCUAACAACGACGACAACUUUGACGAAAAUUACUCCAAUGACACCUACGCUGAAGAUAAGCAAGUAUCACUCAGCGUGAAUGGCACGCAGGUGAAACUCUGGUGCAGUCGAGGUUACUACGCCAGUUGCCACGACAGUAGUCUGGGAGCCUACAGUUACUUGGGUCAACAUGUGGUCUUGAUCUGCUUCUCCGUCACCUCCCCAGCAUCAUUACGUCUGGCAAGAGAGAGAUGGCGGCCGGAAGUCGCCUGGUACAUCCCGGACACUCCAGUUAUUCUUGUUGGCUGCCAUAAGGAGGUGCGGGAGGCCGCUAAAGCCACACAGAAGCAGCAGAACCAGGACACGGUGGUGGAAUACGAGGAAGCAGCAGCCGUGGCCAGGGACAUGGAUGCCGUGGCCUACCUGGAGUGUAACUCGAGGAACGGAGAAGGGAUCCCAGAGAUACUCAAGAUGGCCGCCAGGGAGGCUCUUAACAACAAUAAACUUGAGUGUUCGCCUUUAAAGAGCUGCCGACACUUGAACUGCGCGCCUGAGACCUGCCCUCGUAGUAGAGACAAGUGCACUAUCCUGUAGACCUGCCCUCGUAGUAGAGACAAGUGCACUAUCCUGUAGACCUGCCCUCGUAGUAGAGACAAGUGCACUAUCCUGUAGACCUGCCCUCGUAGUAAAGACAAGUGCACUAUCCUGUAGACCUGCCCUCGUAGUAGAGAUAAGUGCACUAUCCUGUAGACCUGCCCUCGUAGUAGAGACAAGUGCACUAUCCUGUAGACCUGCCCUCGUAGUAAAGACAAGUGCACUAUCCUGUAGACCUGCCCUCGUAGUAGAGACAAGUGCACUAUCCUGUAGACCUGCCCUCGUAGUAAAGACAAGUGCACUAUCUUGUAGACCUGCCCUCGUAGUAGAGAUAAGUGCACUAUCCUGUAGACCUGCUCUCGUAGUAGAGACAAGUGCACUAUCCUGCAGACCUGCCCUCGUAGUAGAGACAAGUGCACUAUCCUGUAAACCUGCCCUCGUAGUAGAGACAAGUGCACUAUCCUGUAGACCUGCCCUCGUAGUAGAGACAAGUGCACUAUCCUGUAGACAUGCCCUCGUAGUAGAGACAAGUGCACUAUCCUGUAGACCUGCCCUCGUAGUAGAGACAAGUGCACUAUCCUGUAGACCUGCCCUCGUAGUAGAGAUACGUGCAGACCUCCAGGCCCUUUAGACCUGCCCUUACUGAAGAGAUAAGUGUAUUCUCCAAUUAGACCUGCCCUAAGUCGAGAGACAAAUGCAUUAUCUUAUAGACUUGCCCUUACUUCAGGGACGAGUGUACUCUCCUAUAGAUUUGACAUCGAAGUAUACUAGUGUACUCUCCUAAACACUUGACAUUCAAGUAGGCUUGUUUUCUCAGUAGAGACAGGUGUACUCUCCUACAGAUCUGUCCUUACCGGAGGUUGUGGUAUACAUCUGGUGGUGGUGAUUUAACUUCCCAAAGAUACUUACGUCCCAGCCGGAGCCGGGCGGUAGUGACAUCCAGGGGUCUCCUUAUUUUGUUGGAUGUACUAUAGAUACCACUGCCGUGACCAAUUUACUCUCAUAUAAUGCAUCCUCAUGAUUCAUUUCGUGGGAAGCGUCUCUGCAUCGCCUAUAAAUAAUACCCAUGUCUUGUUCUCUGUGGGGAUCCAUAGAAUCCCUGGCGAACGAAACGCUUCUUCAGUAAAAUUCCAUAGCCCACAAUGCACCGUGGGAAAUUCCUUCCAAACAAUGAUCCUUCGAUUGCCCUCAGAAAACUUAAAUUACAUCCAAAGCUUCGUCUUGAAGCCAAGCAUGGUUCCUUAAGCUAUAUUGAUGCCUAAGUCAUACAGCACCCUCUUUCAAAAAUUAUGUAGGUUGAUACACAAAUAACCUGCACAUAGGAAAGACAAGCUUACAAAGUGUGACUUUGUAUAUGGUUCAAGUCAGACCCCAACGUUAUCGCCAGCUUCUCUCUCUCUCUCUCUCUCUCUCUCUCUCUCUCUCUCUCUCUCUCUCCUAUGUGCAAGUUAUUUGUGUAUUGUCAAGUCACGGUAUUGUGCCUUUUUGUUUUUUAUGGAGGUUGAUAGCUCUGUUCACCAAUCCACUGGUGCAGCAGGGAGUGCCAUUGUUGUCCUGCAGAGUGAUGUCUCAUCAACAACUGGGUUUCUACCCUUCAAAAUUAAUUGUCUGCUAUACUCCUUGAAAUCAAAUGCCUCAAUAUUUAUUGUAACUGUUUCUGUAUCGUUCAUAAAUGCUCUUAACUCCAUGAAUGUCAGUUGUAGCAUGCUUGUGUUGCAGCCAGACACAGGAGUGGUAGGAUGGUAGACAUGGAGCCCGAGUACACCUGCGGAUUCGACCUCACAUGAUAGAACUGAUGAAUUGGCAAAGGCAUAUAUGCCUUGGAGGGGGGAGUAGAUUACAGUCUUGGACUGUCAACUUGUAGCUUGUGGACAAUAAUAGGAGAGAGACACCAGUCAGUCCAUCUAUCAUUAUGAUCAUUCUACAGUGCAGGAGCCUGAUGUCUACGGUGCAUCAACUAAAAUCAUCAGACUUUUGAAUGUCACUACUGCCAGGCUCUGGCUGGCAUCACUAGCUGCUGUAGACAUAAAUAACUAAUGUUGAUUCGUCACUCAACCCUCGGAACGAGUGGACGUGCGCUGAGCCUUUCCCUGCUGUCAGCUGGUGACAACUUGAUUUUCACAAAAUGGUGCAGCAGGGUAGACACCGGGUUAAUACUGUCGGCAAGAAGUGGUUCGUGGGGCUGUGUAUGCCCACUCGGCUCAGGUUUUACUGCCUGCCAUCAUCAGGGACACAUAUGGCUUUGCAAAUGAGGAGCUGUAUGGUGUGGCUUUGAAUGGGGCAUACCAGAUCUUUGUGAAGCUUCGCAAUGCUAGUGUAUAUGAAGACACGGUCGCCAGAUUUCAGGAUCUUUGUGUGCCGGUAAAUCCUGCUGUGACAGCGAAGCUCCAUGAUGUGUCCUGCUACUACACGUGGGUGAAGAUCCGGAACGUACCUUUCGAGGCUGAUGAGGUGGACCUGCGUGCCGUGUUUGAGAAGUACGGGACAGUUCACAUGGCGACAUUGGGAAAAUGGAAGGAAGGAUCACAUGCUGGGAUGCCUGAGAAAAGUUUCUCUUUGAAAAUGACAUUAAGGCAUCCCAUUCCUUCCUAUGUUUACCUUGACGAUUUCAGGACACAAGUGAUGGUGACCUACGCGAGGCAACGACGUGCUUGUCGCUUGUGCGGCGCCUAUGUGUUCAAUGGCAGUGUGUUCAACGGCAGGGUUCACAGGUGGAUGCUCAACAUAAGGAGGCACCGGAGGAACAGGAGACGACGGAGGAGACACGGCCUGAGACGCUUACUUUGCGUAAGGCUUGGAGUGUGGAAGUCGAUGAGGCUGAAUUGAGGGAGGGAAAGUGUGUAACACUUCCGGGGGAGCAGAACUCUUCCGGGCAGGCACCGGAGACCGUAGGUGAGGUGUCGCUUGAUGAGGACAGGGACGUGGAGGCCACCAUUGACACAGUGCCCCACGACCUGUUAGGAACCCCAGGUGAGGUCUCCAUUGAGGGGCUUAUGGGUGCCCUGGAGUCUGCAGUGGUUCCAGGAGGUGUGGGGGGGGCAUGUCGGAGGCCCAAGUUGAUGCUGAUUUGCAGAUUGGUACUGUGGUGGUAGAAGUGCACAAGGAUGGCUUCCGGGUGGAGGCUGGGAGGAAGGCUCAAGGGUCAUGGAAGAGAGCAGCCAUGAUCUCGGAUAUGAACAAUGUACUCACUCCGGCACAGCGUUUGGGUAAAAAGGUUUGGGCAGAUGUGGAGGAGUGUGGACCUGGUGGGUCCAGGGGCAAGGGAUCUGCGAAAGAAGGUUCCCACAGAGGUGUAUGAGGACCAAGGAAGUAUUAGGAGGAAGGGGGAAAGGGGUGUAGCAGUGCAUAAAGGCAACCCUCCUUUGAUGGCUUCAAGAGUCUCACUAUAAAUAUUAAUGGACUGAGAAAUGAUAGAAAGUGUGCAUGGUUUCGUGACCUUCUCAUUAGGUAUGGUGUAGAUGUUGUGUUUGUACAGGACACAGUCACAACCCAGGUUGUAUGUUGGUGAUUGAGGGGUACACUGUAUAUGCGGCACACUCACCGAGAUUGAAAGGAGGAGUGGCUAUUUUGAUGAGGAGGCUAGCCCGUUUACUGUACAUCAUUGCGAGGAGGGAGGGGAGGGGAGGGUUAUACGAGUGGAUGGGAUGUGGGGAAGGGAGAAGAUAUCUUUUGUGUGUGUUUAUGGUCCGGCGGAGGGGGACAGUCGGGUCAAGAAUAAGUUUGUACGUGAUGUGUUGGUAUAUCACCUGAGGUCGCUUCCGGCAGUAGCUGUGGUGGGAGGUGACUGGAAUUGUGUGAUACGUCGUAGGGAUGUGGAACCUAGGGGGGCAGGAUAUUGUUCUGGCAUUUUGAGGGAGCUGUAAACCGGGAUGGGUUGGUGGAUGUGGGGGGUGUGGCAUGGGAGGUGGAGCACACCUUUGUGAAGCAGGGGUAUGCGGCGAGGCUGGACAGACUAUACGGAAUGAGAAAAGCAGUGGUUCGGAGAAUAAGUGUCUUGGAUAUGUUUUUUUCAGAUCACAGAGGUGUUUUGGUGGAAUUGGGAUGGGAGGGAUGGCCGAACAGGUAUAAGAAGUAUUGGAAAUUGAAUGCUCGGUUACUUCAAGAUGUCAAGGGGAGGGUCUUAUUUGCACAUUUGUGGGAAAGUUUGUGGGAUGGGGCAUGCGUGAAGGGGAUGUGUUGAGCUGGUGGGAUACAAUGGCGAAGACGAGUAUUCGAGAAUUCUACGUUUGCCAGGGGAGGCAUGAGAACCAGCUGGCUUAUGGGUUUAUUAGGUAUCUUGAGGGGCAGUUAAGGGAGUAUUAUGAGAGAGGAAGGGGGGUGGGAGCCCCAGUGGCAGACAUAGAGGGAUUGAAGGAAAGACUCAAGGAAUUGCAAAAUGAACGGUUUGAUGAGGUAAGGGUUUUAGGGGGAUUAGAGGAGGUGAUAAGGGGUGAUAGGCUGUCUGCGUGUGUCCUGCGAGGGCAGGCGCAUCGGUGCAUUGCUAUGGAAAUGGUAGGAUUGCGGGUCCACGAGGACAUGGAGGGGUAUAGGAAGGAGCAAGAGCUGGUUACAACAGAGGGGAUAGGGGAUAUGUUGAUGCUUGGCUUAGUGCAUAUAUGAGAAGUUCUGGUGUGAGUGAGGGAGAGUUAAGGGAGAUGGGAGAUUGGGUGCAGUGUGUGCUUGACAGGGACGACAGGGAACAGUUACAGGGGACUAUCGUUGAGGAGGUGUGGAUGGCAUUAAUGGGUAUGAGUCAGGGUAAGGCACCGGGGAUAGAUGGGCUGCCUGCCGACUUUUAUAUACAGCACUGGGGUGUAUUGAAGGACUGUCUGGUGCAAUUGUUUAAUAUCAUGAAAGAGCGGGGUGAGUUGGGGGAGUUGCAAGUGACAGUGAUUGUAAUUUUGGUACCAAAGGGUGAUAGUCAGUACAUGGUGAGGAAUUAUUGAAUGAUAUCACUCAUGUGUGCAGACUACAAACUCUUUGCGAAAAUUUUGGGAAACCAUAUUAAGAGGGUCAUUGGAACUGUUAUAGUAUGGGACCAAUAUGGGAUACCGGGGAGAUCAAUGUAUGAGGGGCAUGGGGUUAUUAGGUUUAUUGAGUGUCCGUGUGAGGGGGAAGGAGGGGUAUUAGCGCUGGAUUGGAGGGUGGCGUAUGAUAGUGUCAAGAGGAAGGCUUUGUGGAGAAUCAUGAGGUGGCAGGGGUUUGGGGAGGAAAUAGUGAAAUGGGCACGUACUUUAUAUCAGGGAGCCGGAAUGUGUGUGCAGAUUAAUGGGAGGGUGGGGUCGCAUGUGCAAAUGGGCAGGGGAUUGAGACAGGGAUGCUCACUAUCACAAGUACUAUUUGCAUGUUUACGGAAUCCUUUUUACAGGGCAGUGGAACAGUGUGUACGGGAGGGGGUAAGGGAUGAUUUAAGUGGUAGGAGACCUGGUAUCAUAGGUUAUGUCGAUGGCACGACAGUCCUAGUGAGUGGGAGAAAGGGAUUGGAGGGUCUGGGGAGGGUCUUGGAUGUUUUGGGGGCAGCUGCAGGUAUGGCAGUGAAUGUGGAUAAAGCAAAGCUCAUGAGAUUAGGGGCAUGGAAUGGGCGGGAGGGUGGUGUGUUGUGGAUCGGCUUAAGAUUUGUGGUGUGGUGUAUAUGGGUGAUGCGCAGAUGGCAAGAGAGGUUAAUUCAAAGGGUGUAGUAGAUAAAGUGCUGGGAAGAUUGACUGGGUUGUGGCCGACACAUCUUACGCUACACCAGAGGGUCAUUGUGGUCAAUGUGCUUCUAUUUAGUAAAAUAUGGCAUGUGGCACCGUUGUACCCUUUGGUGUAUGGGGAUGUUCGGGGACUGUUGGGUAGGGUUUUCCGUUUUAUUUGGGGUUCGGGAUGCAAUUGGUUAAGAAGGGGGGUGGUAACACUUCCGGUGGCCAAGGGAGGGCUGGGGCUAAUUCACUUGGAACGAAGGCUGAAGACCGUAUAUGUGAAGCAUGGGUUCCUGCGGGUGCGUGGGGAGGGGGGUGGAGGGCUGAGGAUUGUGCAGGAAGAUAUUCGAAGAUGGUGGAGGGGACGGGAUUUGCGAGAUUGUGAGGAGUUGAACCCCUUACGAUAGGUGCGUGUAUUAAUGCUCGUCAGAGAUCCGAAGAACAUGCGGGUAGGGUCCAUAGAUAAAUUAGACACAUGUGCAACUCUAGAGUAUCUUUAUUGAGGAAACGUUUCGCCACACAGUGGCUUCAUCAGUCCAUACAAAGGAGAAUCUUGAAGAACAGGAGGAGAAUGAGGUAAUCAGUCCCUCAACCUUGAGUCGAUGUGGUCAGUCCAUCAAUCUUGAAUAGAAUGCGGCAUACGUGCAGAGAAGGAGCUUAUAAACCGUAGGCAGGAUUGAUGGACUGACCACAUCGACUCAAGGUUGAGGGACUGAUUACCUCAUUCUCCUACUGUUCUUCAAGAUUCUCCUUUGUAUGGACUGAUGAAGCCACUGUGUGGCGAAACGUUUCCUCAAUAAAGAUACCCUAGAGUUGCACAUGUGUCUAAUUUAUCAACAUGUCGGUUCUCUGAACCAUUCAUCUACAAACCUGUCAGACACUGCAACUUGGGAUCUUAAUACUUAGGAAUUCUUCGCUUGCCUAAUUCUUGGGCACGAUCUACUUCCACAUUGAACUAAUGUGACACCACCUAUGACUGCUGCACCUCUCCUGCCUACGGUUUAUAAGCUCCUUCUCUGCACGUAUGCCGCAUUUUAUUCAAGAUUGAUGGACUGACCACAUCAACUCAAGGUUGAGGGACUGAUUACCUCAUUCUCCUCCUGUUCUUCAAGAUUCUCCUUUGUAUGGACUGAUGAAGACACUGUGUGGCGAAACGUUUCCUCAAUAAAGAUACCCUAGAGUUGCACAUGUGUCUAAUUUAUCAACAUGUCGGUUCUCUGAGCCAUUCAUCUACAAAGGGUCCAUAGAGAGGAAGCUAUGGCCUAGGGAGGCAGUGGCUGUGGAAGGGGCAUACCCGAUGUACGCAUGGGAAGACAUUUGGGUCGGUUAAAAGGGUUGCAUCCGGCCAAGUGUGAGGGAGGUAAUGUACAGGUUUCUCCACGGAAUUUUGCCAUCAGGGGUAGUUUUACAUAAUCGACGAAUAAGGGAGGAUGGGAUGUGUCAAGAUUGUAGGGUAGAUGAGUCGGCUUUUCAUGUAGUCUACUUUUGCAAACACCUAGGGGUUGUGAGGGAAUGGAUGGGGAAAGGGAUUCAGUAUGUUGGGGGGGGGGAGGGUUGUCGGUUUUGAGGGCGCUCAAUUUAGAUGUAGGUGGGGUAGGGGUGAAAGUUCAAAGGGCGGUGGCUUACUUAGUUGUUGAUUUCGUUUUUAUAUCGUGGGCAAUGAGAGAUAAAGGGGCGGGGGAACGUAGGAUGGCCCUAGCUGCAACUUUUUAUAGGACAAAGUGUCGCAACAGGGAAAUAUAUGGGGGAAGGUGGGAGAGGGAUUUCCUGGAGGGCUAUAGAGAUUUCCAAUUGAAAGAUUUAUGGGUUUUAUAGAUUGUCAGGGGUAUGAACGGGCUGGCCUCCCCCGGGGGGGAGGGGGCUUGCGUGUUGGGGUGUGUGUGUCGCAGAGGUUUGACUGUUUGUGUGUGUGGGAUUGUGAGUUAGAAGGGUUUUGGGGAAGGUGGGCUUAGAGUGUGGUAUAUUAAUAUGUGUGAUAAGCUUCUUAUAUAUAGCAUUACCGUUUAUUGUUUGGCGAUGCUCUGAUAUAAUUUUGUAUAUACUGUGUGUGGCAUUUUUGCUUGCAGAGGUACUGGCACUAUAAUCUGGAUGUUUUAUCCUGUUUGUUACAUGUACUUGCUUCAUUUGUUCUGGGUGCUUUGCACUGAAUGGUGUAAGGCCUGAGAUUUCGAACGGUGUUCAGAGAGAUGAUGUGAUAUAUUUUUAUAUUUAAUGUGUAUGGCAUUACUGUUUGUCACUAGUGAUCUGCAUGUCUCAGCCUGUUUGGCCUGAGAGUUUGAACAGUGUUAAGAGAGAUGAUGCGUUAUACUUUGUAUUUCAUGUGUGUGCAUUAUUGCUUGAAGUGGCACAGUCACCAGAUAACUGCACGUUUUGGCCUGUUUGUCCUGAGAGCUUGAAUAGUGUUCGGUGACAUGUUCUGAUAUAACUUUGUAAUUAAGGUGUCUGGCGUUAUUGCUUGAGGAGGUACUGUCACUAUAUACAUGCAUGAUUUAGCAUGUUUAUUAAACGUAUUUGAUCAAUGUCUGUUAUGUGUGCUUGCAAUGAAUUAUUGCUUGAAGAGGUAUUGGAAAUAUAUAUUUGCAUGUCAUGUCCUGUUGAUUAAAUGUAAUUGUUUAAUAUUUAUUUUGUGUACUUUGCACUGUAAUGUUUUUUUUAUUGAUUUAUAGGUACAUAACCUGUAGUGGUGUUAGUGAGCCUUUGUUGGUCCGUACAUGUUUAUGUGCUCAGGAUUUUGGGCAAAUAGCCAUUAUUAUAAUAGUAUAUGUCUGUUAGGCUGUGAAUAGCAGGGGGAGGAGAGGAUAACCACCGGGGGGGGGGAGAGGGAAUUUUUAUAGGAUCCCUAGAUGUAAUUAGGGAAAUACUUAUGUCGGUGAUAUAUAUUUCAUGAUAGUGUCCCGAAUUUCUUUGUGGUCGGAGGUACGCUGUCACUGUGUGAUGGAAGAGGCUGUCUGCGGCCUCUAAGUGUGUAUACCCUAUCGGGAUGUACAGGUUAUCAGAUUUGUUUAUAUAUAUAUGUAAUUCUGUUGGGUGGAUCCAACAGGUUUGAUGAAUUGAAUUUAGGAUUUGGGACAGUUCAUAGGAAAGGGGAGCAAGGGGGGGGGGGGGUAUCCAUACAUAGUUGUGAGUGUAGUGUUCUGCUUGACGACGGUAGGGUAGUAUUAAUACUAUAGACUGUCAUGUUUUUUAUAUAUUUAUUUCAUGUAAUGCCAUGUUUUUAAAUAAAAUAUAAAAAAAAUAACUAAAUGUAAACUUUACCAGAUGGGCUGCCACAACUUGUGUCAUUAUGUGUUGGACUGCAAUCAAAUAAUUCGGAGAUAAUUCACUCAUACAAAUUCAAGAAAUGUCGAAGUAUUUUAACUACAGUAGCAUAUUACCAGACAUUCUGGAAAAACACCCUGACUUUGGUUACUGUAAAUAACUCAAAACCACAUAAAAGCUACAAUGUAAUAUUUUUGUGACUGAAUUAAAGUCUGUAUAAAUAACUUAUUAUGGUUAUAACCAAAUAUAAAUAUGUAAAUAUUUCAUUACCACUGUAACUUGCUCAGCUAUCAAAAUUUUCAGGCCCAGUUUCUGGACCCAUUAUGCGUCUCUGUAAUCUUUUGACUACCACCCAAAGAAUGAGUAUGACGUGCAUAAUAAAGAUACUAAACAAA